CAGACUAAACCAUUCAUUGCUGUGCAGGUGAACAUCGCGUUAAAACAUGUUGCUUUUUUGUAUUUCUGUACAUUUGUUUUGGAUUGGUUUGAAAUGUUGAAAUCCCAAUUGUACUCUUAAUAUUUCAUAUAGAUAAUAACUUAAUACAUUAUGCUAUUUUUUAGUGCACGAAAACCUAAUCUACUGAACUCCCCUAUCAAGACGUGUCACUUCUACCGGCAUUUUUCCAUUCAAUGAAAAGACAAGGAGACAUGUAUACGUAGUGUCAAAAAUGGUUUGUACGAGUGUUAUAUAGGUUUGUAAACUUAUUUCUUGCUUAGCCAUAGUUUGGCUUUUAUCAGUUUAAACUUCAGUGCGAAGGACUGUCGAUCGAAGAAGAACAAUGUAUCCGGCCCGGCGCUGUUCAUCGCUGCUUCACCGAGACUUGGCCGCAGUCUGUCUCUCAUCGCUGGGGACACAUCCAAAGAAGUCCGGUCCGCUGAAGAAAAGCAGCUUUCCGAGUUCACGAGUUCAUCUUCCUCCAACAAGGUCCAACUCAUCACCCGUUCUGCUCAGUUCUUUACAAGUGUGUCAGAUGGGCAGCAGCAGUAGACUCUUCAGUACUCUGGCCCAGACUCUGAGCAGCGCUGCGCUGGCAGACCCGCAUGUGGAUACUGAUGACUACGAGUAUGAGCAGGCUGACCCAGAUGCGCUGCUGCGUGAAUGUGAGGAUGUUUUGAGGAACCGGCCUCCUCGACUGCACCGAGACUUUGUGAUGACCAGAGCCUGCUCACUGCAGAACGCACCCAUCCGCGUCAUGCAGUGGAACAUAUUAGCACAAGCUCUGGGUGAAGGCAAGGACGGUUUUGUGCGCUGCCCAAUGGAGGCAUUGAACUGGUCAGAGAGGAAGUAUCUCAUUCUGGAAGAGAUCCUAACCUAUAGACCAGAUGUGUUGUGUCUACAGGAGGUGGACCACUACUUUGACACCUUCCAGCCUGUGCUCGCCAGCUUGGGCUACCAGAGCAGUUUCUGCCCCAAGCCAUGCUCCCCCUGCCUGGACGUUCACAAUAACAACGGCCCUGACGGCUGCGCUCUGUUCUUCAACCGCCGUCGCUUCCAGCUGCUCCACACCGCUCACCUCAGACUCUCUGCCAUGUUGCUCAAAACCAACCAGGUUGCUAUUGUGGCUACGCUUCGCUGCAGGUUCACAGGUCGAGUCUUCUGCGUGGCAGUAACACACUUGAAAGCGCGGAGCGGCUGGGAGGCGUUUCGAAGCGCACAGGGGGCUCACCUCCUCCAGCAGCUCUGUGAACUAACCACACAGUCGCACCCGGAGAUGGAUGAUGAAAACCUGACUAGGGUUGGGGAAACCGAAGACGGUAUUCCGUUAGUGGUAUGUGGGGAUUUUAAUGCGGAACCAAGUGAGGAAGUGUACAGGCGCUUUAUGACUUCUCCUCUGGGGCUAGAUAGUGCUUACAAGUGUCUAAGUGAGGAUGGGAACACAGAGCCACCCUACACCAGCUGGAAGAUCCGGCCCAGCGGAGAGAGCCGCUCCACCUUGGACUACAUUUGGUACUCAGAAAGAGCGUUCCAGGUGGACACUGUGCUAAAGAUACCGAGCGAAGAGCAGAUCGGGCCGGACCGGCUUCCGUCGUAUCAUUAUCCCUCUGAUCAUCUGUCACUGGUGUGUGACCUAAGCUUUAGUCAGCAGCCUCAUAGGUUCAUGUAGCUGUCAAUCAUUAGUGCUCUCCAAUAGGGAUCCAGAGCAGCUUAGGACAUUAGAGUAUGUGUGAGCACCUCUGAAUGUGAGAAUGCAUUAUUGCAAAGAAUGUAACAUUUUUAUUCACAUGAGCCUUAUUUUUACCUGCUGAUGUAGGUUUUAAUGCACCUCCUUGUUUAUUAUUUUCCUCGAUUGAGAUUAAUUAUUAUUAUGCUCAUUGUUUGUUAAACAGAGGUUGUACAAUAUAUUGUAAUUUAUUAAGUGCUAAAGGAUGAUCUCAGGAAGACGCACAUUCUCGAUUAAAAGAUUCCACAAGUGGAAAGAUGUUUAUAUUUAUACUGACUGUACUUUUUUUUUCUUUUCUUUUAGUAACACUGUAAUUAUUGAUAUGUUUGCCAUUGACCAGUAAUCUCUAAAUACAUCACAGUGUAUUUAAAUUGGGUGGUCUCUUUCUUUAAUAAUAAACUAAUGAAUCAGAAGUCUCGCACAUUCACGGAAAAUUUAACAUGAUCGUUAUAUCCAAUGUCAGCCAUGCCAUACGUUUAUAAGGUUAUAUUUAAAACUAUAUAUUUUCAAAAGUCUAAACAAUAAAGCCAUAUAAGCUACUUACCUUACUCAUAAGACAUAUUUUUAUGAUAUCCAUCUUUCUUUCAUUAUUGGGGUAGUUUUGACGCUGUUGUUACUUAAUGACAUUCAUAGGAUCAUCUGUAACCGUAAGUACAACAUUGCGCCUCAAGCCAUCAAAUUAAUCCGCAUUGACUGGCGGAGCCGAAGCACAACUCACCAGAACAGUGUUCGUCCGCAUGUAACUUGUAGUUUGAUGCUUCAACCGCUAGAGGGCCGAAAGUUACAUAGUGUAGAUUUUUUUAAUUACCUACAAAACUCAUAUUUUAAACAUGAUCCGGAUGCAAAGAUUGUCAUUCUUUUAGUCAGUCUAUUCCGGUCCGAAUCCCUCUGAGCCAAUUAGCAAAAAUAUGGAUUUAAGGUUGUUUAAAGUUACCAACACAGUAAAGCUCUCCAGUAAUCCUAGUACAUUCCACAGAGACUAAUAAAGUCUCUACGGUACAACAUCUAACAUCAAACUGUAUAGGGAAAGUUUGUGUGCAUGAAUGUACAAAUUCUUUUGGCUGUGUAUGGUUUCAUAAUGGACAGAAAUUGAACUGAAAUUCACACCAUGAUUUUUCCAUGUGUCGUUUUGUAAUGUAUGGAUAAAGAUCUUUAAGUUCA